AUGAUCAACGCCGCAGGGCUGUCUGCCCGUCUCCCUACGCGAGGCGCCAUCCCCGCAUUCCGCGCUCAACGACACUUUAGCUCCGCCCGCCCGGCCUUGAAGGAGAUUCAGGAUGCCUACAUUCUCAGUGCCUCUCGUACACCGACUGCCAAGUUCAACGGCUCCUUCGCCUCCGUCUCCGCUCCCCAACUCGGCGCGGUCGCCAUCAAGUCCGCUCUGAGCAAGUCCAAUAUCCCCGUGGAGAAGAUCACCGAUGUGUACAUGGGAAAUGUCCUGCAGGGAUCAGUCGGCCAAGCUCCCGCCCGCCAGGCGUCCAUGUUCGCAGGCCUGCCCUCCAGUGUCGAGUCCAUGACCGUGAACAAGGUGUGCGCGUCCGGUCUGAAGGCUGUUGUGCUGGCAGCCCAGAACAUCCAACUGGGUCUGGCUGAGGCUCAGGUGGCGGGUGGUAUGGAGAACAUGACUCGAGUGCCCUACUACAUGCCCCGCUCCAGCCAGUUGCCUCCCUUUGGUGAAAUCAAGCUGGAGGACGGCCUGAUCAAGGAUGGUCUUUGGGAUGUCUACAACCAGUUCCACAUGGGUAUUUGUGCCGAGCAAACGGCGAAGAAGUACGAGGUAUCACGCAAGGACCAGGAUGAGUAUGCCAUCCGCUCCUACCAGCGGGCCCAGCAGGCGUGGAAGGAGAACAAGUUCGCCGACGAGAUCGCCCCGGUGACUGUCAAGGGCAAGAAGGGCGAGACCAUCAUCGAACGGGACGAGGGCUACGAGAACUUGCGCAUCGACAAGUUGACUACUCUGAAGCCUGCCUUCCUGCGCGACGGAACCGGCACCGUGACCGCCGGCAAUGCCUCCACCAUGAACGACGGCGCUUCCGCCUUGGUGUUGGGUAACAAGGCUCUGGCUCGGGAAUUCGGUGGCGGUGGUCGCGCUCUGGCUCGUAUUGUGUCCUCGGCCGAUGCUGCGAUCGACCCCGUUGACUUCCCCGUGGCUCCAGCCAAGGCUGUCCCCAUUGCUUUGGAGCGUGCGGGUAUCACCAAGGACCAGGUGGCCGUGUGGGAGUUCAACGAGGCCUUUGCUGCGGUGAUCAAGGCUAACGAGAAGAUCCUCGGCCUGCAAGACGCCAAGGUCAACAUGCUGGGCGGUGCUAUCUCCCUGGGCCAUGCUCUGGGCAGCUCCGGCUCUCGUAUUCUCGUCACCCUUCUCCACCAGCUCCAGCCUGGUGAGUAUGGUGUGGCUGCCAUCUGCAACGGUGGUGGUGCCGCAACUGCAAUGGUUGUGCAGAAGCUGGAUCGCGUGGACUAA